UUCAGUGUAACAUUUUAUUCAUCACUUGUUUUCAUUAAAAAGAGUGUUAUAACAUAAGCAAUUGAAUACAAUGGCUUCCAAGGCUUUGUUUCUGUUGGGUCUCUUUGCACUCCUUCUCGUCGUCUCAGAAGUGGUCGCAGCAUCUGAAAGCCAGUCGGGCACUGUGAAGUCGGAGAGUGAGCAAACUGUGCAACCUGAUCAGUAUAAUGGGGGACAAGGCGGCCAUGGAGGCUACAACGGAGGAGGAAACGGGGGAUACAAUGGGGGAUACAACGGAGGAGGACAUGGGGGAUACAACGGAGGUCGUGGAGGAAGAGGUGGUUAUUGCCGCUACGGUUGCUGCUACAGAAAUUACCGUGGGUGCGUAAGGUGCUGUUCUUAUGCCGGGGAAGCUGUUCAGACACAGCCCGGUCACUAAGACUAUAUAAUGUAUUCACCACUAUGCAUGGUUGCGUCUAUAUAUACACACUUAUAUGUGUGUGUGUGCGAGUUGUAAACCGUGGUAGUUUGAAAUGAAGUAAGAAGAAAAACUAUGGGAAUAAAGUUUAAUGAUGUAAUGUCUCUGUGUUUGAGUUGUAAUCUUCGUUGCCUGAAUAAUAAAAUCGUUACUAGUUUAUGUUUU